CGUAGUUUGUUUGUUUACUUUGAAUAUUUGUUUUUGUAUUCUUAAAAAAAGUAAAAAUAAAUCAAUCCUUAAAAACAAAUGUAAUUAUGGCUUAUUCAACAAUCUUCAAUGCAUUCGAACUCCUCGUCGCCCAAAAAGCUUCAAUCCGUCCCAAGCUGCAUUCUCUAUCCACAGACUUAUUUCCAUCGAAUGGUCCCGCUGCUAAGUCUCUGAUAGAAAUCACUGGUCCAAGUAAUUCCGGAAAGACCCUUCUUCUUAACGAAAUCAUAGCCCUCACAAUUCUACCAACCUAUUUCAAUGGCAAGGAAUCAAAUGUUAUACUAAUUGACUUGGAUCACAAGCUAUCAAUCCCUCAUCUGAUGAAAGUAGCUGAAAAGAUCAUCAAGAAUUCCGGCGAGAAGACCAGCCAAGAAGAUAUACAAUUCACAAUUGAAUUGCGAAUGCAAUCUGUUCAGAUUAUAAACUGUUACACUCCAGAUCAGCUCGAGAUGGCAAUGGACACCUUGGAAGACCUAUUGGUAGCAAAUCCCGAUAUAGCUUUAUUGGCUAUUGAUAAUAUUGGAGCCUUCUAUUGGCUUGACACCGAAAAGAAGCUUCUAAAGAAAGAAACUCAUUAUAGAAAUCACAUAACAAGACUGAAGAAUAUCUGUAGGAAGCAUAAUAUCGUGUGUGCUUAUACGAUGGAGACGAAUUAUAUUCAGUCGAAGGGACUUCGAGCAAAUAUCGAUUAUAGAUUUGAAAUGCAACAAAAUUCCAAUGAUGGAUUACUUGGUAUGACUGCUAUUGAGUCGGCUCCUGGUCCUUCAGUUGAUAAGAUAAUAAGAGUUGAUGAAUUCGGGAUGCACUUUAUUUAGUUAUUCCAUUGUUUAUGAAUCUUUAUACCUACGUAGGUUUUUAUUUAUUUUUAAGUUUUAACGUUAAUAAAGCCGCUUUUCUAUUUUAA